AUGUCGAAUGGCAAAAAUGUCCUCAUCGUCGGCCCAGGCUUCAUAGGCUGGAAUGUCCUCGACCACCUGGUGCGAGAAGGUUACAAUGUGACUGGCUUGGUCCGGCGCGCGUCCCACGGUCAACAGAUCCAGUUCUCCGGAGCCAAGGCCGUGGUGGGAGACCUCAACGACACCACCUUCAUCAAGACGCAGGCGCUCGAGAACGACAUCAUCUUCCACACCGCGACCGCGGACCACAAACCCAGCGCCGAGGCCGUCUGCGAGGGCGUGGCGGAGCGUGCCCGGCAGGGGAAGUCGACGAUAUACAUCCACACGUCCGGCACCAGCGUCUUGGCCGACAAUGCGCGCGGCGAGUUCAAGGGCGACAAGGUCUAUCACGACAACAACCGCGCCGAGAUAGAUUCCGUGCCGGACGAUGCGCCACAUCGACAGAUUGACCUGGCGAUUCUGAAAUACCAGAAGGAGAUCGGCGACAAGGCCAAGAUCGCCAUCAUGAUCCCACCGUUGAUUUACGGGUACAACCCUCAACACAGACGACUGACCAUCCAGAUCCCGACCCUCACCCGGUUCGCCAUGAAGCACGGAUUCGCGGGACAUCUGGGGAAGGGAUUAGCGGUCGAAUCACAAAUCCACGUGCUCGAUCUCGCGCAGGCGUAUGUGACUUUGCUGCAUCACAUGGAACAAGCCCCGGCCCAGGAGUUCAUGGACAACCCAUACUUUUUCUGCGAAAACGGGCGUGAGGCUUCGUGGCGCGAAGUCGCAGAGAUGAUUGGCGAGGGCCUCCACAAGGCGGGCAAAAUCAAAGAUCCCACGCCAAAGACCAUUCCAGAGGACUUAUGGGGUGACCUGUUUGGGGAAUAUUCCGCCGCCGUGGUAGGUUUGAACAGUCGGAGCAGGGCGGUGAGAUUAAGGGAGCUCGGAUGGCAACCCGGACAGAGAAGUAUGGAGGAGAGCUUCCAGAUGUUCGAAUUGGCCGAGAUCUUGAAAGAGGAAGGGGCCGAUUUCCAUGGAUAUACUGGGACGGCCGCCUCGUAG